AUGGCGGUGAGCCGGGGCGCUGCCAUCCUGGCCUACGCGGCGGUCGGUGCCCUCAUGGGCUUUUCGUCUUUUUUCACCUGGAGCCUGGCACCGACCUUCCGACAACCCGCUACGGCGGCGGCGGGGGGGCUCUCGGGUGUUCUGGCGCUCUGGGCCCUAAUCACGCAUGUGAUGUAUGUGCAGGAUUACUGGAGGACCUGGUUAAAAGGGCUGAGGUUCUUCCUCUUCAUCGGGAUCCUCUUCUCAGCUCUCUCAGUGGUGGGAUUCUGCACAUUCCUUGUUCUGGCCAUCACCAAGCACCAGUCCCUGACUGAUCCCAGAAGUUACUACCUGUCAUGCGUCUGGAGUUUCAUCUCCUUGAAAUGGGCCUUCCUGCUCAGUUUGUACGCUUACCGGUACAGGAAUGAGUUUGCAGACAUCAGUAUCCUCAGUGACUUCUAACGCUUGGACUUCCAAUCCUGUCUGAAGGUGCUGGAUGUUUGAAUUGCCCCCCAAAGGCAUGGUAGAUGCAAGAGAUGUAUGAGAGGCGGAGAAGGAACCCACCCAGUGCUGCUUGGUUUGUCUGUCUGCAGUAGGGGUUUUUCCUAAUUGCUUUUACUCAACCAUUUAAAGUUUGGCUAAUGAUGUCAA